UGUGCAUCUGAGUCUUCAUAUCAUCUUCUCUCCAAGACACGCAGAUCUCCUGAGCAGCCUUUCACAAUGGCCUCCAGUUAUUCAUUCCGCGCUUCAAGUGGUGCAGGCGGUGCAGGGGGUAGUAGACUCAGUGGAUCCAUGGGUACACUAACUAGACGAUAUGCUUCAAGUGUUCAUGGAGGUUCAGGUGGCAGAGACAUAAAAAUCUCUAUGGCCUCUGGUGGUUUUGGCGGUGGUUCAGGAUCUGGUUUUGCUUAUGGCAUGGGAGCAGGAGGAGGGGCAAGUGGUGGCUUUGGCUAUGGUGAUGGCAUGGACCUCCACGUGGGCGCCAACGAGAAGGCCACUAUGCAAAACCUGAACACCCGCCUUUCUACAUAUCUGGAAAAGGUGCGCAAACUGGAGGAGGCCAAUGCUGAGCUGGAGCUCAAGAUCCGCAAGUUCUUGGAGAGUAAGACCUCCCCAUCUGCCCGUGACUACUCAGCCUAUGAGGCCACCAUCGCUGAUCUGCAGGGAAAGAUCCAGGAUGCCACUCGUGUCAACGGAGGCAUCUAUCUGGCCAUUGACAAUGCAAAACUGGCAGCAGACGACUUCAGAAUGAAGUUUGAGAAUGAGCUGGCCAUGCGUCAGUCAGUGGAGGCAGACAUCGCCGGCCUCAAGAGGAUGUUGGACGAGCUGACACUGGCCAGAUCUGACCUGGAAAUGCAGAUUGAAGGCCUCAAGGAGGAGCUGAUUUUCCUCAAGAAGAACCAUGAAGAGGAAAUGGCAGCCCUCAGGGGUCAGAUGUCUGGACAGAUCAACGUGGAGCUGGAAUCAGCGCCACAACAAGACUUGAGCGCCAUUAUGUCUGAAAUCCGUGAGCAGUAUGAGGCUGUGGCCAGGAAGAAUCAGAAUGACCUGGAUGCCUGGUUCAAGACUCAGACAGAGACACUAAGUAAGGAGGUAGCAGCCAGCACAGAGACUCUUCAGACAUCCAAGACGGAAAUCAAAGACCUCCGUUCCACGCUUCAGGGCCUUGAAAUUGAGCUACAAUCACAGCUAAGCAUGAAAGCGGCUCUAGAGGGGACUCUAGCUGAAACACAGAGUAGAUAUGCCGUGCAACUCAUGAACCUCCAGGCAAGGGUGACGGGCUUGGAGGACCAACUGCAACAGAUGCGCAGUGACAUGGAACGGCAGAAGCAAGAGUACCAGAUGCUGCUGGACAUUAAGACCAGACUUGAGGCGGAGAUUUCACAGUACAGGGUGUUGCUGGAUGGAAAUGCAAGCAUUGCCGAUGUGUCUUCAAAGCCCAGGGUGGUCAUCAAGACAGAGGAAAUUUCCAAUGGCAACGUGGUGUCAACAACAUCCACUAUUGCCUAAUCUGUCUCAUGCGGCAACACAAGCAGCAACCUCUGGAAACCAAAUACCAACCAUCUGACUUCAGAACCACAAAAACAUAAAAAUAAAGUUUUCAGUUUGCUCAUGA